CAGAAUUCGGGCACCAGGAGAAGGAAGCCAACAGGAUCCGACCUGGUGUUUCGUGACAAAGGCAAGACUCCCCAGGUCUACUUAGAGCAAAGUCAGUAGAGGAGGCAGCUAGGCGCGGCUCUCACUCCUGCCCACAGAAUGGAUUAUAAGUCGAGCCUGAUCCAGGAUGGGAACCCCAUGGAGAACCUGGAGAAGCAGCUGAUCUGCCCUAUUUGCCUGGAGAUGUUUACCAAGCCAGUGGUCAUCUUGCCGUGCCAGCACAACCUGUGCCGGAAGUGUGCCAAUGACAUCUUCCAGGCUGCAAAUCCCUACUGGACCGGCCGGGGCAGCUCGGUAUCCAUGUCUGGAGGCCGUUUCCGCUGCCCCACCUGCCGCCACGAGGUGAUCAUGGAUCGUCACGGAGUGUACGGCCUGCAGAGGAACCUGCUGGUGGAGAACAUCAUUGACAUCUACAAACAGGAGUGCUCCAGUCGGCCGCUGCAGAAGGGCAGUCACCCCAUGUGCAAGGAGCACGAAGAUGAGAAAAUCAACAUCUACUGUCUCACGUGUGAGGUGCCCACCUGCUCCAUGUGCAAGGUGUUUGGGGUCCACAAGGCCUGCGAGGUGGCCCCAUUGCAGAGUGUCUUCCAGGGACAAAAGAUUGAACUGAAUAACUGUAUCUCCAUGCUGGUGGCGGGGAAUGACCGUGUGCAGACCAUCAUCACUCAGCUGGAGGACUCCUGUCGAGUGACCAAGGAGAACAGUCACCAGGUAAAGGAAGAGCUGAGCCAGAAAUUUGACACGCUGUAUGCCAUCCUGGAUGAGAAGAAAAGUGAGUUGCUGCAGCGGAUCACGCAGGAGCAGGAGGAAAAGCUCAGCUUCAUCGAGGCCCUCAUCCAGCAGUACCAGGAACAGCUGGACAAGUCCACAAAGCUGGUGGAGACGGCCAUCCAGUCCCUGGACGAGCCUGGGGGAGCCACCUUCCUCUUGACUGCCAAGCAACUCAUCAAAAGCAUUGUGGAAGCUUCCAAGGGCUGCCAGCUGGGGAAGACAGAGCAGGGCUUUGAGAACAUGGACUUCUUUACUUUGAAUUUAGAGCACAUAGCAGAUGCCCUGAGAGCCAUCGACUUUGGAACAGAUGAGGAAGAGGAAGAAUUCAUUGAAGAAGAAGAUCAGGAAGAGGAAGGCUCCACAGAAGGGAAGGAGGAAGGACACCAGUAAGGAGCUGGAUGAAUGAGAGACCCCCCAGAUGCAGACAGACUGGAG